UCUGAGGGACGCCCGGUGGCAGGAGGAGGGCCUGAGCCAGGAAUGCAGGAUGGCGGCAAUAAAGAAAGAAGGGGAUGCUCUAAGUGAAGCCAUGUCCCUGGAGGGAGAUGAAUGGGAGCUGAGUAAAGAAAACGUACAGCCCUUAAGGCAUGGGCGGAUCAUGUCCACCCUUCAGGGAGCAUUGGCACAGCAAGAAUCUGCCUGUAACAAUACUCUUCAGCAACAGAAACGGGCAUUUGAAUCUGAAAUUCGGUUUUAUACUGGAAAUGACCCUCUGGAUGUUUGGUAUAGGUAUAUCAACUGGACAGAGCAGAACUAUCCUCAAGGGGGGAAGGAGAGUAACAUGUCAACAUUAUUAGAAAGAGCUGUGGAAGCACUACAAGGAGAAAAACGAUAUUAUAAUGAUCCUCGAUUUCUUAGUCUCUGGCUUAAAUUGGGGCAUUUAUGCAAUGAGCCUUUGGAUAUGUACAGUUAUCUGCACAACCAAGGGAUUGGUGUUUCCCUUGCUCAGUUCUAUAUCUCAUGGGCUGAAGAAUAUGAAGCUAGAGAAAACUUUAAGAAAGCAGAUGUGAUAUUUCAGGAAGGGCUUCAAAGAAAAGCGGAACCACUAGAAAGACUGCAGUCCCAGCACCGGCAAUUCCAAGCUCGAGUGUCUCGACAAACUCUAUUGGCACUUGAGAAAGAGGAAGAAGAGGAAGUUUUUGCAUCUUCUGUACCACAGCGAAGCACAUUAGCUGAACUUAAGAGCAAAGGAAAAAAGACAGCAAGAGCUCCAAUUAGCCGUGUAGGAGGUGCUCUCAAGGCUCCAGGCCAGAACAGAGGACUCCAAAAUCAAGUUCCUCAACAGAUGCAAAGUAAUUGUAGAAUUACUGUUUUUGAUGAAAAUGCUGAUGAGGCUUCUAGAGCAGAGUUGUCCAAGCCUACGGUCCAACCAUGGAUAGCACCCCCUGUGCCCAGGGCCAAAGAGAAUGAGCUGCAAGCAGGGCCUUGGAACACAGGCAGGCCCUUGGAAUACAGGCCUCGUGACAAUACAGCUUCCGUGACAACUGUACCCACUAUGCUUCCCAGCUUUACUCCAUAUGUGGAAGAGACAGCACAGCAGCCAGUUAUGACACCAUGCAAAAUUGAACCUAGUAUAAACCAUGUUCUAAGCACCAGAAAGCCUGGAAAGGAAGAAGGGGAUCCUCUGCAGAGGGUUCAAAGCCAUCAGCAAGCGUCUGAAGAGAAGAAAGAGAAGGUGAUGUAUUGCAAGGAGAAGAUUUAUGCAGGAGUAGGGGAAUUCUCCUUUGAAGAAAUCCGGGCUGAAGUUUUCCGGAAGAAAUUAAAAGAGCAAAGGGAAGCUGAGCUAUUGACCAGUGCCCAAAAGAGAGCAGAAAUGCAGAAACAGAUUGAAGAGAUGGAGAAGAAGCUAAAAGAAAUCCAAACUACUCAGCAAGAAAGAGCAGGUGAUCAGCAAGAAGAGAAGGUGCCUAUGAAGGAGACAGCUGAACUGCAAAUUGCUUCCAUGUCUAAGGAAAUGCCAGGAAUGACUGUGUCCAGUUCUGUUUAUGCAGUAAACUCUUAUGCCAGAGACACUACACUUGCAGAAAACGUUGGUCAGGACCAGCCUCCUUCUAAAGGUCCCAGUAUACCAUUUUCCAUUUUUGAUGAGUUUCUUCUUUCAGAAAACAAGAAUGAAAGCCCAAUCAUUGAAGAUAGUCAUGAAGCCACACACUCCUCUGGCUUCUCUGGAUCUUCUGCCUCAGUUUCGAGCACCUCCUCCAUCAAAUGUCUUCAAAUUCCUGAGAAACUGGAGCUUACUAGUGAAACCGCAGAAAACCCCACUCAGUCGCCCUGGUGUUUGCAGUAUCGCAGACAACUGCUAAAAUCCCUACCAGAGUUAAUCACCUCUGCAGAGUUUUCUGUAGAAGAUAGACCAAUGCCUAAGUUGGAAAUAGAGAAGGAAAUUGAAUUAGUAACAGUAUCUUCUCAACCUGUCCCAUGGGACUUGUAUAUCACUCUCAAAUUAAAGGAACGUUUAAAUGAGGAAUUUGACCAUUUAUGCAGCUGUUAUCAAUACCAAGAUGGCUGUAUUGUUUUGCACCAAUAUAUAAACUGCUUCACCCUUCAGGAUCUUCUUCAACACAGUGAAUUUAUUACUCAUGAAAUAACAAUGCUGAUUAUUUAUAACCUUUUGACAAUAGUAGAGAAGCUACACAAAGCAGAAAUAGUCCAUGGUGACUUGAGUCCACGGAGUCUGAUCCUGAGAAACAGAAUCCAUGAUCCCUAUGAUUAUGAUAAGAACAAUCAAGCUUUGAAGAUAGUAGACUUUUCCUACAGUGUUGACCUUGGGGUGCAGCUAGAUGUUUUUACCCUCAGCGGCUUUCGGACUGUACAGCUCCUGGAAGGACAAAAGAUCCUGGCUAACUGUUCUUCUCCCUACCAAGUAGACCUGUUUGGUAUAGCAGAUUUAGCACAUUUACUAUUGUUCAAGGAACACCUACAGGUCUUCUGGGAUGGGUCCCUCUGGAAACUUAGCCAAAAUAUUUCUGAGGUAAAAGAUGGUGAAUUGUGGAAUAAAUUCUUUGUGCGGAUUCUGAAUGCCAAUGAUGAGUCCACAGUGUUUGUUCUGAGGGAACUUGCAGCAGAAAUGAAUGGGGUUUUUGACACCACAUUCCAAAGUCAUCUGAACAAAGCCUUAUGGAAGGUAGGGAAGCUAACUAGUCCUGGGGCUUUGCUCUUUCAGUAAGAUAGUCAAGUCUCUCACCAGAUGCCUGUGUUUGUAUAGUGAGAUACUGAAACUGUAUAUACUGUCAUUUAAUUUAGAACACUACCAAUGCUUUUCUGCUUUUCAGCAGAGCCUAUUUCUAAGUA